CUUUGAUUUCUUUUCCAUCUAGUGUAGUUUUUGUUCAAUUUUCAAAAUUCCAAAAAAUAAGGAUUUGAAUGCUUCAGACGAAAGGAUCUGCCCCUUAAUUCAUCGACAGUUGUUUGGUUACUGGUGAAUCGAAGGAUUUACGCUCGGUCUCUAAUGCCGGAAUUUUCAUCAAAUAGAUCCAGCCAUGCUUAUGGGUGCCGGGAAGAUCAAAUCCUUCCUGGGAAAUGGUUUGGAGGCAGGUGAAUCGUUGGAGAUAUGUUCGCUUACCAGCGCCGCUGGAAGGGUUUUCUCUACUGAUUCGAUGAAUCAGUGUGGGUUUAGUAAUGGCCUGAGCAGGAAAGAGGGAGUUGUUCCCUUCAGUGCCACUUUUCCAGAUUUCCUGUCGACGAGUUGACAUUUCCAGCUAUCAAAUAUGAAGAUGCAGCUAAGUGAUCAAAGAGGUGUUGGACAUUGAAAAUACUUUAGAUUUUGGUCCUUUUCUUAUUCUUUUCCAGGAUUGUGUUAUAGGAAUUAUGUUACUUCUCAAACUUUGCCCAUUGCUGAUUCUUUAUUAAUCUGUUUUGUUCCUUUAUGUCAUCUUAUGGGAGAGUAUAUAGUGGAUAGAGAUGGGUGCCUGCUAUGGCUGGAUAGGGUGGUUAGUGCUGUUACAUAGCCUGUGGUUUGGGAUGUGGUUAAGAAUUAUUCUGAAGCUACAUAAUCCAAGACUCGAGUUGGUGUGAAGAAAACUAUUGCACCAUUUUGGCCUUGGUGUUUCUAGAUAUUGUUAUGGUUUCUGUUGGUAAUCUGCUUAGAUCUGCAAGUUUAGUAUGGUUUUGUGCCUCUAUAGGAACAGGGUCUGGAAUUGGAGCGGUGGGGAUUAGCACAGUAUGCAGCAAUCCCUUUUUAUAUCACAAAGCCUUUUCCAGUUUGCUGGUAUUCUUCCAGAGAAGAAUGAUUCAGAGUUUACGCUACAGCACUACUUGGAAAAGAGGAUGAGGGCAUCUUUGUGAAGUAAAGCACCUUAUUUAACUAUCGUAGUCAUAUCUAUCUUAUGGAAUUGGUUGUAGAGUAUUAGCCAUUGAUAGGCUUAAUUCACUAAAUUGAAUUUCAGUAAUUAAUAGUGCAGUCUUCAUCAUUCCUUGAUUGUUACCGGUCUCUUGCUUUGAGAUGUUAUGUUGUUGCAAUAGAAUUAGUUGCAUUAUCUGGAGUCCUGUUCUGGCAUUUCUACUUGCUUAUGGCUACUGGUGAUACAUGAUAUUUGCAGAUUGGACCAUCAUUUGCUGCACGGUAGCCUGUUAUAUUUAUU